AUGCUCUCUUUUGAAACCCCAGAGCUGGAUGAUAUCGUUAGCAGCAAGGAAGAUGCUUUCGGCGAACCCCUUUGUGUCCCUGAUGAUCCUUUGGAGACCAUCCAAAUCUAUCCGAUGGAAGAACUUAAAAUCUUCCUCGAUGUUUUGGAAACGAAGAGGGUAAGAGAAAGAGAGAACACCGCGGGGUUGAUGCGUUCGAGUCAAUGUGAAGAUGCGGAGAGAGUAGCUCGUCGUCGUGGUAGGCCGAGGAAAAGGAGAGAGGAAAGCGUAGCGUUCGUACUUGGCCAGAGUCGGAACCCAGAAGAGUCAGCUCGUAAGCGUGGCAGGCCUAAGAAAGGGGCAAUCGACGCGAUUCAUAGCCGCGGUAUACCGAAGAGGAAGAGGAAUAAUAACCACGGCAAGAAUCAUGCGUGGUCCGUAAAACCUCCAGAGUUGUCUCUGGAGAGCUCAGCACAGCAUGUAAGCGAUGAUCGCAGCAGCGAUGCUAGCAGCAGCGACGAAGCUAGCUCUCCAAAGAGUUCUGAAGCAACUCGGAGAUGCGGUCACUGCAUGACGGAGGAGACCCCGCAAUGGAGAACGGGUCCUGAUGGACGGGGGACGCUUUGUAAUGCGUGCGGCAUAAAGUACAAAAAUAGUCAGAAAAUAAACAAUGCAGUCAAUCUCAGUUGUAGCAAUUUGAUUAGAGAGAGAAACAGGAAGACAGUUUAUGAUGAUUGA